AUGAAGUCUACCUUACUCUCCCUUGGGGCACUAGUCGCCGGCCUACGCUUCUGUGCUGGAAACGAUUAUCCAAGACUGCAAUGGGACCCAGAAACAACUCUCUCCUGCAUCGACUGGUAUGAUAAUAACCAAGGUAUGGGAUGUGAGGAUACCCGAAACUAUUUUACCAUUACGCCUGAGCAAUUCACCAAAUGGAACCCCUCUGUCGGUCUCGACUGCAAGCCAUGGAAGAAAUCCCAUUCCUACUGCAUCCUGAGCCAGGAGAGACUGGACAAUACAACCAAGACAGCGACGGCAACCUUCCCAACAAACACCCCCAUCCCAACCGCAUGGGUCGAUUUGGGCUGUCAUAUCGACGACGAUGCUAAGAUGCCAAUUCUCGAGGCCCGCGGAACCGAGGAGGGAGGUGACAAGAAGUUGACUAUCGCUAAGUGCCAGAAGAAUUGCUAUUACGUGUUCCGUCGGCUGGAAGGCACAAAGGCGGUUAAGUGGGCAGGUGUGAAGGCAGGCAAUGAGUGCUGGUGUAGCAGCUAUUUCAAGGGCAAGAAAGCUAGCGACAAGAAAGAAUGCAAUCUGCCCUGUACCGGCAAAGCAGACGAAAUUUGUGGUGGCAAGGAUCGCAUCAAUGUCUUCGAGCUCCAGUACCCAGCCCCCGAGGAUCCAGAGUCUACGAAGACCUCGUCCACCACAUCAAGGACCCAAACCACCACCCUGUCGACUACAUCGGGAACCAAAACUAUCAGCAGUAAGCCUACGACCAUGCCGACUGGACCUGCCGGCUCUGGGGCAAGCAGGAAUCUUGCGCCAUUCUAA